AUGUGUCAAAAAGCUGAAUCUACCUGGACUCCCAUUGGCGUCGAUAUGUUUCUGGCAGCUUGCAAGCAAACUGAUACUCCAUUUAAACACGUGUCUGUUUGUACUUUAAACGAUUAUGAUGAGUCCAUUAAUUUCUCAAAUUCCAAUGUUUCAAUACCAUCUACUCAACUGUACAACAGCAACAACUUGUUAAAUACAGUCGAUAAUAUCAGCAGUGUUAAAACGAUUGAUAUGAUUAAAAGUUCCUGUACUGGGAAGAAAUCGCAAAAAAACGUCACAAUUGGUGCAAAAAAUAACACCAUUGCGGUUUGUAAGCAAAAUACUCAAACAGUUGGCUCACAAAGAAAUAUGCCAAGUAAUUUGAGUUGCAAUAGCCUAUAUAAUGGGAAAAAAAUUUCCAAAUUUUUUCCAGUCCCCCAGUCUACCGGUGUCCAAUCUAACGACAUCCCCGAUACAAAGUCACUAGUCCUCCUUUUACUCACACAAAAUCAAAUAAUGCUAGAUAGAUUGAAGAGCCAGGAUAAUAAAAUAGAUCAACUAAUCAAAGAGGUCAAGGAGGUUAAGAAAGUCAGAGGUUCUAACUAG